AUGUGUGGCAGCUACUACGGAAACUACUGUGGAAGCCGUGGUUAUGGAUGGUGUGGCUAUGGAGGCCUAGGCUAUGGCUUUGGAGGUCUUGGCUAUGGAGCUCUUGGUUAUGGCUAUGGCUUUGGCUUCCAUGGAUUGGGCUGUGGCUCUGGCUAUGGUUCACGCUAUCUCGGUGGCUGUGGCUCUGGCUGUGGUUAUGGCUAUGAAUCUGGCUCUGGCUCUGGCUUUGGCUCUUACUAUUGA